AAGCAAGCGAUAGAAAACAAGCAAUCAAGUCAAACCAACCGAUAUUCGGGCGGAAAUUCAGCGAUAAGUUGUGAACCAAGUGACAGUGAAUAAUCGAUUCUAUUGCAAUAACCAAAGUUAGAGUGAUAAUAGACAGAAGUAUAGUAAAAUCCAGUGAAAAUGUCGAUCGUUCCAAUUUUCUUCCGUAACUGGUGGGACGACGAAUGGGAUCGUCCACUGUGGAGCUCCCGGCUUCUGGACCAGCAUUUCGGAGGUGGUGUAAGUGCGGACGAUCUGUUGAACGCCAUGGCAUCGGUCGCCGACUCCCACAGCCGCAGACUGCAACAGCAACAAAGCGCUGGACGCUACAACCGGCCCUGGCACAGCUCCUGCGUGGCCACUAAACGAGACAGCGGCUCGACGGUGAACGUCACAAACGACAAAUUCCAAAUCAACCUGGACGUGCAGCAGUUCUCGCCGGAGGAGAUCUCGGUGAAGUACGUGGACAAGAGCGUUGUGGUCGAGGGCAAGCAUGAAGAGAAACAGGACGAGCAUGGCUACAUCUCGCGACACUUCGUACGGCGAUACAUGCUACCAAACGGCCAUAAUGAAAACGAUAUCGUGUCCUCGCUUUCCUCCGACGGCAUCCUGACCAUCACUUGUCCUAAGAAGGAGAUCGAGAAGAAGGAGGAAAGAGCCAUUCCAAUCACGCACACCGGUCAGCCCAUGAAGAAGCUGGAGGGCGGACACUCUGCCAAAGAAGCUAUGAAUGUUAAAAACUGAAACAAUUUAUGUAAUAUGAUUCACUUUCUGUAAUUUGUAACUUAAGUUAUUUAUGAUGCCAAGUAUUCGUUAAAAAUAAAGAUUUCAAACAAUUCCAUUAAACA